UCGCCUCGCCUCGUUUGUCUAGCGUUUGACAGAAGCUUAGCGGGGUAGCGCCGAAUGAGGGGCCGGGGGAAAUGCCGACCAAUUGCGCCGCGGCGGGCUGUGCUGCUACCUACAACAAGCAUAUUAACAUCAGCUUCCACAGGUUUCCUUUGGAUCCUACAAGAAGAAAAGAAUGGGUUCGCCUGGUCAGGCGCAAAAAUUUUGUGCCAGGAAAACACACUUUUCUUUGCUCAAAGCACUUUGAAGCCUCCUGUUUUGAUCUAACAGGACAAACUCGACGUCUUAAAAUGGAUGCUGUCCCAACCAUUUUUGAUUUCUGUACCCAUAUAAAGUCUCUGAAACUCAAGUCAAGGAAUCUUCUGAAGAAAACCAACAGCUUUACUGCAACCGGAGCGUGUAACUUAAAACCCAGCAGCAGUCAGCAGGUACUGCUUGAACACAGCUAUGCCUUUCGGAACCCUACGGAGGCGAAGAAAAGGAUCAUUAAACUAGAAAGAGAAAUAGCAAGCCUGAGGAGAAAAAUGAAAACUUGCCUGCAAAGAGAACGCAGAGCAACUCGAAGAUGGAUCAAAGCCACGUGCUUUGUGAAGAACUUAGAAGCGCGUAACCUGCUACCUAAGGGCAUCUCAGAACAGAUUUUACCGGCUGCCUUAAGCAAUCUUCCUCUGGAAGAUUUAAAAAUUCUUGAACAAGAUCAACAAGAGAAAGCAUUACCCGGUCUCUAAAUGUAAAAAUGGGCGAGAACCUCUGCACUCAAGUUUGGCUGACACAGAACCCAGUGCCCAUCUCCUGCCGUCACCCACCACACUCUGGCAGUCACGCUACCAUCAAGUCCUUGCGUUGUACUUGAAGUAGCAGUACGGAGACCUGAGGAAGUGGAGCGUUGAGUGACAAGUUUGAGAAUGUGUAGAAGUGCCUUACAUGAGGAUUACAUACUUAGACGUCGUCUUAGGAAACACUGUUUGAGGUUGUUUCUGGUCUUGUUUUUUUUAAGCUGCUGUCAAACAGGAAUGACAGAUGAUAUGUUCAUAGAAGUAAAAACGUUCUGCACCAAAGCUGGACUAUUACAUUCUAAAGAACACGUGACGUGGGAGCUAAUCGCACUAAAUACACGCUUAAAACCACUGGA